GCGUGGUAGGAGCCAGUGGCACGUUCUCGCUGCAGGGACCACGCUCUGCUCCCUCCUGCUUCACGGACGUUGGGAAGGAAAGCAUCUGCACCCCUUCUGUUGCUGCAGCUGGACUGCAACUGAGAACCAUGAUGCGGCUGUUUGUUACCAUUGCUUAUUUAAUGUGCAGUGCUGACAAGUCAGGAGGACUGAUUGGAAUGACAGAUGCAAACCCUGAGGUAUCCAUGGAUGUUGGUGAAAUUGUUCGCUACCACGGGUACCCCUACGAGGAACACGAGGUUGUGACGGAUGAUGGCUAUUACCUCGUCAUGCAGAGAAUUCCUCACGGCAGAGACAACCUGGGAAGUACAGGUACCUCCCAUGAAGCAGAGUCACAAGGCUCCAGCAUGUUCUGCCCCACUCCAAAGGCUGCAGUGCUCCUGCAGCAUGGCCUAGUGUUGGAGGGAAGCAACUGGGUUACUAACUUGCCCAACAGCAGCCUCGGCUUCAUCCUCGCAGAUGCCGGCUAUGAUGUCUGGAUAGGAAACAGCAGAGGGAACAGCUGGUCAAGAAAACACAAAGAGUUUGCGUUUUACCAGGAGGAAUAUUCAGGUUACAGUUUUCAUGAAAUGGCCAUGUAUGACCUUCCAGCAACAAUCAACUACAUUCUGCAGAAAACUGGACAGGAGCAAUUAUACUAUGUGGCUUACUCUCAAGGCACCACCACAGGUUUCAUUGCAUUUUCUUCCAUUCCUGAGCUGGAUCGCAAAAUCAAGAUGUUCUUUGCGUUGGCUCCUAUUACUACAAGCUCAAAUAUGAAAUCACCCUUGGUAAAGGUGCUCAACCUUCCUGAGGUACUGGUUAAGCUCAUUUUAGGACGCACAGUGGUCUUCGAUAACGGUGAGAUAUUGCAGCAGGUGACUUCCCGACUGUGCAGCUAUUCAAUCCUUAAAGGCAUUUGCUCCUUGGUCUUUUACUUGGCUGGUGGGUUUACCAACAGCUUAAAUGUGAGCCGCACAGAUGUGUAUCUGUCCCGCUACCCAGAUUCAACAUCCCUGAAAAACAUGCUACAUUGGCGCCAGCUCUAUCUAACAGGGGAAUUCAAGUAUUAUGAUUAUGGCAAGGACAACAUGCUCCAUUACAACCAGACCACACCUCCCUUCUAUGAGCUGGAAAAUAUGAAAGCACCACUUGCUGCAUGGUAUGGCGGCAAGGACUGGAUUUCAGCCCCUGAAGAUGUUAAUAUAACAUUACCUCAUAUAACCAAUGUGGCAUACAAAAAGUAUAUUCCUGAAUUUGUCCACUUUGAUUUCCUUUGGGGUGUGAAAGCAUACGAAGAAGUAUACAGAGAAAUCCUUGAACUGAUGGAGAAGAAACUCUAGAGUUGGAACGGCGGCAAUGAUUGUUGAGUUCUCAUUUAUCUUCUGGGGCUUCAUUUACAUUUUAAAAAGUGAGGAAAAGAAAGAGGGGAAAAAUGUUCAUUAAACUGCUACACUUGGUUUGCAUUUAUAUUACUCUGGCAACUGAGGUAAUCUGGCCAGUUCACUGGUAGGGAAAUCAUGUAGGAUUUGUAUUAAAUAGGUUGGGGUCCCUGUGGAAGUUUGGCACGGCCCCUUGAUCCUGAAUUUCCCAGGAACCUAACACAUGUGGAUGUCCAGGGACAAGUGAAUUCAGUGGAGUUUGGCACCUGGUCACUGUUGUGGGGCUCUGACCUCUCCAUGCUUCAGUUUCCAGCUGCAGCAUCGGGAUGUAGCUCAGCUCUGUCCUGGAUGCUGCGGUUUUGUGAGACUAGGUAUGCUCAGACAAGACCACAUUAUCUGGUGACUCUUCUACGUCAAGAAACCCAAGAAUCUGAAGUUCAUUACUUUCAUUUGUGGUUUGAAGUAGCUAGAAACUUUCUGCCCAAUGACAAUGAAAAAAGCACGUGUUUUUCAAUGAAAACUGUCCAUUUUGCUAAUGCAGGGAACAUCUUUCUCAAAAUACAUGUUGAUACACAUAAUACUUGCUCAUGCACAACAGGUUUUUCAGUAAGUUCUACUAAGAAACAUCAUUUUGCACCAUUUUAAGGAAUAUUCCCAAGGCACAAACCCAGCAGAAAAGGUCACCUUUUGCUGACUUUUUGCUGACUUUCAGGAAAAGCUUUUGUUUUCCAUAUAUGUGUGAGAGAGGAAGAGUCUGGUGGAAGUCAGUAAGAAGUCUAACUCUAUUUUCAGCUUUUGGAUUGUGCUUCAUAGUAAUAUACUGAUCAGGAGAAGAAUUAUGAAUUUACCUGUUUGCAUAACUUUAUUUUUAAAUUAUGUCUAGGAGCAGGGCGAAGGAUAAGGCCCUCUUUCCACAAAAAUGGACAAAUACUAAUAAAGUAAAAUAAGAUCCACUGA